UACAGAAAUCUGAGAUACAGCAAAUAAACACAAACAUGACAAAAGAUUUAGGUUUACACACAACAGCAACAGGAAACCUGCAUGUUGACCUGCUCACAAUGACAGUGCUAGCAGGUUUAAUGUUCACCAGGUUCACCAUCGUUUGAUUUGUUUGCAUUUUCCCCAGAGGCCACUCACAGUAUUAAAACCAGGUCCCAAGGUUCCUGUGUGUCAGGUAAUUAACAGUGAUUAAACACAGCUUUAUUUAGGAUAAUAUACCAUGUUAGCACAAUAUAAACUAAAAUAAAUAGAGAACUAGAGGACCAGAUUCAGUUAAUAUUGAAUUUUAAAUUACAUUUUAGGGGUGUGCUAUGUUGUUUUGGGGAAGGAGAUUUGAAUCAGAAGAGAAAGAUCACCUUGUUUUUUUUUAACACACAACCAAUUCAGUUCCUAACAAGGUUCCUUCUGUGUGUGUGUGUUUGUUUUUUUUUCCUCAUUAGACUGUUUAUGUCUGAUUGUCACUGCAGGACAAACAGUGAGCUUAUGUAUUCAUUGUUAUUGUUUGUCUGCUGGUUAAGGGUUCCUGCUGGCUGUACAGCAAAUUGCCUUGCAGGGGAUAUUAAAUAAAUCUUUGACCCUUAAUUCUCAUGGUAGCUGAUGAAGGUUUUAUUUGAAACGUUUUAAGACUUUUAAAAACAAGAUCAGACACAUGGAACACAUGUAAAAAUGCAAUAACACCGUAAAAUGAUGCUAGAAGAUGUUGUGGGUAAAAGAAAACAGUCUUGCAGCCUGAAGUUAUUUGUGUUUGGAAAGACGCUGAUGACAGUGAGAGGAAGAGAACGGAAGAGGAAAUGACACAAGCAAUUGUGCCCACUGGGACUCACUGACAUCACAGAUUGGAAGUGAGAUUUGUUUUCAGACUCCUAACUGCCAAAAUAUAUAAGCUCACAGGAUGAUUGAAGACCAGAAGUUUGUCCAACGAACAAACAAAGGCUGUGAGUUCAUCAAUGGAGCACUGUGCAUUCACUUCUCUAAUAUAUCUACGUGUAGGGGAUAACACAGACUUACUCAAACAUAUAUUUUUUAUAUAAUCUUGUUAAAAAAUGUCAAAGGUGAUUGAUUUUACAGCUUUUUAAAAGUACAAUUCAAGUGCAUCAGCCAGCACACUAAACACUUCCCUUUCCUUUACUUCUGCUAUGAUUUGCUUUUGGACCCUUUCCUCUGAUCCCUGACAAAUCGCAUUCUGAAUUUGGAGGCUGGCAUAUUUGGCAUUGCCACAUGAAAGACUCUGCGCUGACCCCCUCCUAUACUGUUAAACAUAACUGUGUAUGGAAGCACUGCUUCCAGAAGCUGUAACAUAUAAUUUGGGCAUUUGGGAAGACUCCAGGGGUCAUCAUGGCAACAUUUUGUGCUGACAGACGGGAUGUUAUUUUGCUCCUCCAUGGAGCGAAAUAGAUUAAUAACUCUGGGUGUGGUUACUGUUAACCCUUCCGGUCAAAGUGAAAGUAUGUACAGUGUUUGUUCAGUGACCACGAAGCAGCUACAGUAUAACAGCCUGAAGGGGACUGGAGGUGCAUCAGUUGAUGGACACUGGGAUGAUGAAGCUGUCACUGUUGUUGCUGCUGGUCCUGCUGCCUCUGUCCUCAGCCACACCUCUGGACCCCAGAGACAACACAGAGCAGAGAAAUGUCUCUGAGUUGACCACCGACACAUCGAUGCUCAUAGGUCGACCUCUUCUGACUGUUGCCAAGUUGAGGCAGAGGAGGCAGGUUCAGUCUUCUACUCCUGUGUCUACUGAUAGCUCUAACCUGGAGUGGGUGACCUGGAACAACUCUCUCCCUAUUGAUGCUGUUUCAAUUUACAAUGAAUAUGUUGGUCGUAUUGAUUAUGUCUGCAAAUUCUAUUGUGAGGCUGGCUUUUAUAAUCCUAGUGAGGGUCCUUAUUGUCACUAUGCCAAAUCAAAUAAAGCAUAUCUUGGUUCCCCAUUUCAGAUCCUGGUAAACAAAGACAACUUUGAGAUCCUGGAGUGGAAGGACGGUUCAUACGGUUCAGUUCCCAAGAAUUCAGUCCGAACCUGCCCUGGGGUGAACAUAUAUGUAGGGCAGAACAAAUAUGGACUUGGGAAGGUGUCUACUCAGGAUAAGUGCUUUUACCUACCUUUGAAAGGUUCUGAAUAUUGGUAUAGAGACUACCAGGUUCUGACCAUCAAUGAGAAUAUAGUUAGCCAGAAGAUCUACGAUGUCAAGUACAUCACUGAUGAGUCUAAAACCUUUCAGUAUCCUCCAGAGAUCAUGCGUAAAACAGUCAUCACCAACAAUGAAUGCAGUCCAGUGACUAAAACAGAUACCCUCACACAGUCAUAUGAGGUGCAGAAAAAGUGGGACACUUCCUUUUCUAUCAGUGUGGGUGUUAGUACGAUCAUCGAAGCUGGCAUCCCUAUCUUCGUUAAGGGACAUUUCCAGAUCAGCAUUGGGGGGGCUUUCCAGUACUCUCAGGGGAACACUGUGACAGAGACUAUCACUGACACAGUUACUGUGGUGUUCACAGCCCCGCCAAACCACUCCUGCACUGCUACUAUGAAGCGCAUUAAGUACAAACUUAACAUCCCGUUCACAGCACUCUUCAGCCGCACCUAUGGUAAUGGGGAGAUCCACACAACGUCUAUCACAGGAACGUAUGACAGCGUUCAGACAGCAGAGGUCCAGGCUGAGAUAGACCGAUGUGAAAUACUCAUCUCAAAGCCUUGCACACAAAUUGCAAAAAGCCCACAUAAUGUGUCACAUAAUGUGUCACAUAAUGUGUCUCUAUAUUUGAUGCUUUUAUUGGGGCAGGUUGGUAACCAGCUCUUGUUCCUGUGAUUCCAUGCCUUUAUUGACGACACUUUGAAUGGAAGCCAAUUAAGUAAUGUAAUAUAAUAAGUAGAAAAUACAAGAUUAUGAUAAAUUUGUGCCUUAAUUAAUUGUUUGGUUAAAUAUAAUCACUGGACAUCUUAAAAUUCUUUUCUUACUCACUUGGUUUGAUUGUGCAGAGUUUCAGCUUUUGAAGAGGGAAAGAGUUUUAAAGCAGGUAUGACAGUGGUUUUGACAAUGUUCUGAAUUACAUAAAUAGUCUGGGCUCUGAUCUCCUUUUUUGUACAUUUUUAAAACAUCUUUUUAUUUUCGAAUCCAUAUUGUUGUUUUACACACUUUGUGAGUAGGUUUUAAAAAGUUUUACUAACUUAAACAGCUAAAUGCUGUUUUGUGAUGUAAGUUUCAGUAUUAACCAAAAUGUGUUUAAUUCAGUUGCGAGCAUUUCUUUUGUGCAUUGCAUUGUGGGAUAUUGGUGUCUAUU